AUUUGCCUUAUCACAUCUCUGUGAGGGCAACAGGGGCAGCUUUACGCAAUAUACUGUGCAGAGGCUUUAGUGACUGAAUGAAACAUGUCUGGUAAAAAUUUUCUGCAAAGGUGCUAAAUUGCUCCAUCCUGCUCUUCACUCUGUUGCCAGUUACUGAUUUUAUAUAGUAAACUAAGCUGCCACCAAGUCUACUCACUGUGCUUUCUGACACAAGGCAGCUGCGAUGGCAGUUACAGUAUAUCUCUGUUAGAGUUUACCAAAGCUUCCCAGUUUGGGAUCAAUUAAGAACAUCUGUCUGUCUGUCUGUCUGUGUCUGUCUGUGUGUCUGUGUGUGUGUGUGUGUGUGUCUGUCUGUCUGUCUGUCUGUCUGUCUGUGUGUCUGUGUGUCUGUCUGUUUGUGAAAAGACGUCAUAGUGUAUGAAAUCCAGGGCUGUAACAUGAAAUUAGUGUGGGUUUUCUUUGGCUUGUGUUCAACACGCUAGUUGGUUGACAUGGAAACUAUGUGAUACAGGGAAACAAAUACAUAAGAUGCAGAAAGAAAAAUGUCACAUUGAUUUUUAAGUUCAGUGUGUUUUUAAUGCAAACAGGCUACAGUGUAAUGUGGGUAACUGUCAUGACUCUUGACAGAGCGGUGCCUUUUACGCGCAAUUUGGCCAGAUUAUCUGUGUGGAAAUAUUUCCUGUUGCAACACUGACAAAUACCUCGACCGAGAUCUUGUCAGUCCUCGUCAGUAACAGUGUUGUUCCCCCUGUGCCCAAACUGAAUGUAUUGACUUCAAAGGCGACGGGUAAUAUUAGAGGCUGUUGUUUCCCCCGGUGUCCUCGGGGCUCAGUGAACUGUCCCCCGCGCUGCAGCGGCCCCUGCUUGGUGCAUAAUUUGACACAGCGACCUGUCCUUUGAAGGGGACAACACGGGGGCCAAUCUCGUUAGGCACCAUUUGUCUUGCUCUAGUGGAGUGUCACAGCACCUUCCGCCGCAUAGUGUUGUUGGUCACAGGCGGACACGAGGCUGCUGCGCGCAUGUCGGCGGGAGAGGCGGACCUCCUGUCACGCGCCCCCGGGAGUCUUCCUCCGCGCCGCGACGCGCCCGUGCGCACACCGAGGUCACACACACACACACACACACGAGUGAUUUCAUGCACAUUAAACAAAGGUCCUUGUUAAAAGAUGACUAGAAGUGUAUCUCAUCUGCCAUGGAGCACCUCUGGGAUGUUUCCUCACCAGAACUCCCUCAAGUGUGAAGCCCGGACGGAGGACUGGCGGAGAGGGACGAACGAGUUAACCAGGGGGAGGGCGCUGGCACAGGGGGGCGUAGAGUAUAAGAGCACCUCCGGAGCGCACAACAGGAGCAGCGUGUGUGUGUCUUCCAGGCCGCGGGUUGACGUGGUUUGACUUGUUUCAUUUCGGUGCGCUCGGAAAUCCGCCGCGUAAUGGAGGAAUACCAUUUUUAAGCAGAACUCCGCCGUGAAGUCUUGACCGGGAGGAGAUACACAAGUACCUGUGCCUCACUUAUUUAUUUUUUUAUAUAUCCUCAGAAGGUAAUCUCAUCGAGGAAGGCGUCGGAGGGUGCAGAAUGAGGACGACACGAGCCACGCGUGAAGAGAGGAGCAGCGGAGUGUGAGCCCGACGAUGUGGCGGCGACACCGCGGGGCAACUGGGCUGCGACUUUCCUGAGCUCCGAGAAGUUGGCGAGGGCGCAACAAGAGAGGACCGCGUCCUCCAGCAGUCGGCACCCUCGACCAAUGGGCACAUCAGCGUUUGGACUCAUCCCGUUUGACUUAAAAUCAAAGUGCAGGAAUAAUCAUUGAAGGGGGAUGAAUCAAACACACAGUUAACAAGAGACAAACCCACUGGUCCACAUUCAUCUCGGCUGAAACACUUGGUCCACAUUAUUUGACGCCUCCGAUCGUUUUCCCCUCAUUCUUUUUUUUUUUUGCAAUUUUGAUUCCCGAAGUGGCUCCGAAGUGGUGUUGCGGCUCCUCGUCCCCGGCGGAUCCGGAGAUCGGGGUCUCUGCACCGGGAAGAGGCGGAGUCGGAGCCGGGGCCGCGACGCGCGCUCCAAAGAGCGGCCGCGUCAAAAGGAUGGUGCGUCUGGCGGCGGAGCUGCUGCUGCUCCUGGGACUUCUCCUCCUCACCUUGCACAUCACGGUGCUGCGGAGCAGUCCGCUGCCGCAGGGGAACGUGACGCGGAGCCUGGACCAGGACACUGAGCAGAACAACAUCAAUGUAAAAAGCAGCUCCUCUGCCCAGCUGGCUCCUGAAGACCGGAGGUCUGGUCCAGAACACCGCUUGGCCCUGCCCUGGGCACAGGGCAGCAACGUACACAGAGACGGCCCCGGCACUUUCAUCCUAGAUCUGCACAAUUUCCCCGACCUCUCCAAAGCCGAUAUCAAUGGACAGAAUCCCAACAUACAGGUGACCAUUGAAGUGGUGGAUGGACUGGAGGGCCAUGAGCCAGAGAAAGGACUCCGCAAGGAAACCAAACCCAACUGGGCUUCUCCUAACUGGAGAAACUGGUGGCCUCGUACUUCGUCGUCAUCCUCCUCCUCGUCCACCACUCACCAAACAGAGGAGCACGAUCGCGCCUACGGGAGCAACAGCGAGGACAGCAACUUCCUCCGGCCGCCGGCAGACUGGGACAGGAGAGGCGGCACCGGGGGAGGAGGCAAAGCUCAAUCUGACUAUGACUACAUGGAUGGAGAGGGGGACUGGAGUAACUGGUCAGCGUGCAGCGUGACCUGUGGAAACGGCAACCAGAAAAGGACCAGGUCAUGUGGUUAUGCCUGCACAGCCACAGAGUCCAGGACUUGCGAUAUGCCCAACUGCCCAGGUUUUGAGGAUGCCUUCAAGACAGCGGCCACUGAAGUCAGCCUGUUAGCUGGAACAGAUGAGUUCAAUGCCACAGAACUCUUUGGUGUUGACACAGACAGUUGUGAGCGAUGGAUGAACUGCAAGAGCGACUUCCUGAAGAAGUACAUGACCAAGGUGGCCAACGACCUUCCCAGCUGCCCCUGCUCUUACCCAACUGAGGUGGCGUACAGCACAGCCGACGUACACGAUGCUCUCACGCGCCGGGAUUUCCGUUGGAAAGACGCCAGCGGGCCAAAAGAGAAGCUGGAGAUCUACAAGCCCACGGCCCGUUACUGCAUCCGCUCCAUGCUGACACUGGAGUCCACCACGCUGGCCGCACAGCACUGCUGCUACGACGACAACAUGAAGCUCAUCACUCGUGGGAAAGGGGCUGGCACGCCCAACCUCAUCAGCACAGAGUUCUCAGCUGACCUGCACUACAAGGUGGACAUCCUGCCCUGGAUCAUCUGCAAAGGGGACUGGAGCCGCUACAACCAGGCCAGGCCACCAAACAACGGGCAGAAAUGUCCCGACAACCCUCAGGACGAGGACUACUACAAACAGUUUGAAGAAGCAAGGGAAUUCUAGCCCACUGAGUGAAAGGAUAAAAUCAACAGCACUGUGCUAAAAUGUUCAGCUAAACCUCCGAAAUGUGGCUGAAACCAAUUUUUUCAUUUUGUCUUAGGUCAAAUAACAAAUGAACUUUUAGGCUCUGGGGAACACGACUUAACUGCUCUUUUGAACCAAGAGGCAUAAAAACCGAACAGAGUCAAAACCCCUACUUGGUCCCAAGGAACUUUUCCUGACUUAACCAAAAAACGAUCAAUAAUGUUCCUUUUUUUUUAUAAAGGAUGCCUCUGAAAUUUUACCAGUAAUAGUGUUGCCAAUUUUUACUCGGAUUUGGUCACCAAAGGGAGAAGUGAUUUGUAUUCUUAAAAGGGAAAUGUGUUUUUCGUCCGUUUAGAUUGUCUGUGUUCGUCUCCAUAGACUGCUUAUGUUUGAUAAAUCUGAGAAGCCUGUGAUAAUAGAAGGAUGAGUUUCCUCAGGAGUGUGUUGGGAUGGGGGGUGGGGGGUGGGGUCCGGGGGGUUUGGUGCCAGAGGACAGGGUACGAAAUGUAUCCCCUUUGUCAAAUGCAAUAUCCAGGUUAUCAUGUAAGCUUGUGAGUAUGUUUAUUUAGCAUGCACAUUCUUUAACAACCAUGUCCCUUGUGUCUCUGAGACAAAUCAUUGUAAAAAAGCCUGCAUUAUUUUUGUAAAGUAUUUAUUAAGCCCGUAGCUGCGUCUGAGUUGGGCGUCUGUGACUUUGGUUUCUGAUUCACAUACUGUAUGGAUGAAUGCUUGAGAUCCCUCACUAACUCAAACUUUGCCAUCGAUGUUCAUAUAUCCCCGUCUCAAGUUCGGAUUUAACCAUGAUAGACCGCAAAGAAUGUGUGAUUUCAACUGUAUGGGAAGAUUUUUGAAAUAUAAAUCUAUAAAUAAAUUUUUAAAAAUG